UACCAGCAUCCCACGCGCAUUAUCUCAUUCCCACUCAGGCAGAGAUAUCAGUUGUUCUCCGUCCUCUUUCCAGCCCACUGCUGUUAUAUCUCACACUAUUGAGAGACUUUUCGGAUUUGUGACGGCGCUUUAUGGAUGUACCUCGCAGACAUAGGUCCUUCUUUUUCCAUCUGAAGAUCACAGACUUUCACUGAUGCUGCCGCUGUUGCAAGCUUCGGCUCGUGACGGCUUUAACACCAGCUCGGAGACAGGACUAGAUCCCGUCCGCAGAGCCUGGAUGAAGUUUCCCAGCCAUGCAAUGUUCUUGGAAGGCUGUGAUACUGCUAGCCUUGGCCUCCAUUGCCAUCCAGUACACGGCCAUCCGGACCUUUACGUCCAAGACGUUUCAGCUCUGCCCUGUGCCGAUCCAACAGAACUGCAGCCUGAGCGGCCAGGAAGCGGACAGCCUGUUCGAGCGUGGGUGUGAUGAGUAUUCUUACUUUACUUUCAAUACGUCACGCAAGACCCACGUCCUGGUGUUAGCAACCACCCGCAGCGGCUCAUCGUUUGUGGGCCAGUUGCUGAAUCAGCACUCGGAUAUCUUCUACCUGUUUGAACCUCUGUACCACGUCCAGACAGCUCUGAUUCCACGUCUCUCUCACAGCCGGAAUGCGGCUGACAGGCGAGUGAUGCUGGGCGCCAGUCGGGAUUUGCUGCGAAGCCUCUAUGGAUGUGACUUGCACUUUCUAGAGAGCUACAUCAAGCCACCACCGACCAACCACACCACGGACAAGUUGUUUCGCCGCGGGGCCAGUCGAGCUCUCUGCUCCCAGCCCGUCUGUGACGCCUUCAGUCCCAGCGAGACUAAUGUAGAGGAAGGUGACUGCAUUAAAAAGUGUGCGAUUCUCAACAUGACUCUUGCUGCCGAAUCUUGCCGAGAUAAGCGUCAUGUUGCCAUAAAGAUCGUCCGGGUCCCUGAAAUCGGAGACUUGCGGGCCCUGGUGGAGGAUCCACGCCUUAACCUGAAGGUCAUUCAGCUGGUCAGAGACCCGCGAGGAAUUCUCGCCUCAAGGAUCGAGACCUUCCGGGACACCUACCGUCUGUGGAGGAUCUGGAGGGCAACCGGAAGGAAACCCUACAACCUGGAUUUGACUCAGUUGACAGUAGUUUGUGAGGACUUCUUAAGCUCGGUUUCUACCGGGCUCAGCCACCCAUAUUGGCUUAGGGGAAAGUACAUGCUGGUGCGAUAUGAGGACUUAGCGAGGAACCCUCUACAGAAAACCAAGGAUAUCUACGACUACCUGGGGUUAUCGAUGGACAAAAACGUAAUUGACUGGAUUCAGGCGAACACCAGGGGAAGUAAUGAACUGUUGACCAAACACAAGUACGGAACAGUGAGAGAUUCGGCGGCUAAUGCCGAAAGCUGGAGGCUCAAACUGUCCUUCGAAAUGGUAGACUACACACAAUCAGUGUGUCAAAAAGUAUUACACAGACUGGGCUAUAAAAGCGUCAACUCGGUCGAGGAGCUGAAAAAUAUGUCCGUCUCGCUUGUGGCAGACAAAGUUUUUGUACCGUUUUUAUAAUAAAGAAAGUUGCGAAUGA